CAGCGCCACCAUCCAGAUCCCGAGAGCUCCCCUCUUUCUCCGUCCCUCCGGCGCCAGCCAUGCGGAUCCGCAGGGCCGCCUCCCUCCUGCUCGGCGUCGCCCCCUCCGCCUCCUCCUCCUCCCAGCCGCCCCGACGCAAUCUGCCCCCGCUCCCGCCAGCCGACGCCGGCGGCCCGCCGCCCUGCGUGACGAACAUGGCGGUAGCGGACCUGAUGGACCAACUCGGCGUCCAAGAUCCCGUGGUAAUUUUCCUCCCCCCGCCCCCACGGUGCAUGCUCGUAGCUUGCCGUAUCCUGCUCCUGCACCGAUUGCACAUUUCCGCGCCGCCGGCCGCCGGCCGCUGCACAGCAGCGUGUGGAUCCGCCUCCAUCGCUGGAUCUCCUCUGCCGAGGUUGCCCAUCGGGCCGCUGGAUGACAAGCACUUCCAGGAGACUUUCUUCUGGGAUGGCCGUCCUAGCCUUCGCAGACACCACCCGUGGGGAUCUAGGUGCCAUUUCCCAGCCACCACCCGUGCCAACUCCAUUGAGGAAAAUGAGGAGAUGGCCGUUGACAUGCUCGAUAGCGUCAUCUUGGAACCAUGUAUCGUGGAGAAGAACUGUGAGAAAAACAAGAGCACCACAACGAAGGGCGAGGAAGAGAAGAACAAGACCAAGUUGAAGACAAAGGGGAAGGGGAAGGAGAAGGUGGAGGCAAAUGAGAGUGACGAUGCCGGAGGAGGAUGGCCGUGCAAGAAGAACGAGAGCGAAAGGUGGUUCUGCGGGAGGCCUGCGAGCCAGCCCAACUCGUACUGCUCGCACCACUCCGAUCAAAAGCCUCGUGCCAUCUCGAAGCCACCUCAGAGGAAGAGGAUCGUCGCCAACCGGGGCUUGGACUUAGGGUUCUGCUACUACGGCGGGUUUGGCCCAUCAAGCAGCACCAAGAGGCACCAUGGAUCAAGCAGCGUGCAAGAACCUGUUGAACAGAAAGAGCAUACACCACUAGAUCACAUUGAUUUAAAUGCAAGUCUAGCUGGAGCUGAUGAUAUAGAACAUCAAGGCGCGUCGGCGUCAGAAUGCUUCGAUGAGCCUAGGCACGACGACUGCACAGACGUCAUUAUCGAUGGUUGGUAUGUGGAAAUCAGCGAUGAUGACGCACCUGACUACAACAGUGAAACCGUUAAGGUGAGCAAGACCCCGUCAAAGAAGAUGGGGAAGAAGCCCGUGAAAGCCCGGUCGCUCAAGUCACUAAUGUGAUACGAGCACGACCUUAGUCAGCUCUCUGUGGCCCGUGUA